AUGCGCGGCAUUCUCCCUGGGCGCCCGCAGGCCAAACUGCAAGCCGUGGCCCAUUGCUUGUGGGAGGGCCUCCAAAUCAUCGCCUACAUCUCGGGCAACGCCCUCAUCCUCCUCGACCGUCCCCACCAUGUCGUCCAGACGCUCUACAUCGACGACGAGUUCGAGCUCGAGGCCGUCGCCGUCGACGAGGCCACGGGCAAGCUCGCCGUAUGCUCGACGCGCCACAUCUACGUCUACCGCCCCUAUGGCCACGACGAGGGCGCCGUCAAGUGGUCGCUCCAGGGCGCCAUGUCGCUGCCCGACGCCGGCGACACCAUCACGACGCUGUCGUGGGGCAUGCCCGACGAGCUGCUCGCCGGGAGCGCCUCGCUGACCCUCUUCAACACCCACGGCGACAUUGAGCAGACGUGGACAAAGCGGCUCGCCAACCCCGUCAAGUUUGCCGUCUUCUCCCCCGACGCCGAGCUGAUUGCUUCCACCGGAAAGUACGACCGCCUGCUCAAGAUAUGGCGCCGCACCGCCUUUGGCUCGGCCGGCCAGCGAUUCGACUACUUCUACCUCGCCCACCCCAAAGCCAUCACCGGCAUGCACUGGCGCCGGCCCUUCCACAAGGAGCAGCUGGCCGACCACGUGCUCUACACGAUAUGCGCCGACAACAAGGUGCGCGUUUGGGUGGCUGGCGAGCACCACGGCGUCGACGGCAUGCACAUGUGGGCAGAGGUCGACCUCAUGGAAUCCAUCAUGGAGCGACACGUCCCGCUCGACCGCCAGUCCAAGAAGCGGUUCGCCUUCUUCAUUGAUGGCAAGCACUUUACACAUGCCGCCGAACGAGCCAUGCAGCAGGCGUCGCCCGAAGAAAAGGACCACGGCAUUGCGCUCCACCACCUGAUCGAAGUCGGAAACCGAAACCCGGAAAUCUGCGUGGUGCUCGACGAUCGCGGCAACAUGUCUGCAUGGGGCUUUGAAAACGUGGGCGCAAAUAGCAGGAAGCUAACCGACGUCUUCAACAUUGCGCAUGUCGAUGGACUGCAUUUCCAUUUUGCAAAAGAACCGAAGCCCAUCGAGGACAACGUGCAGUUCUACACCUUCAUCGGUGACAAGCCCGACUCCGAAUUGACUGUGCUGUCGCAUCACUUCGACGGGCGCAUAGAAUGGCUGGAAUCGCGCAUCGACUACCUGUUUGAUCCUUCGCAGCAGCCCCACCGCAUACAACGCAAGGCCAUGUGGACAGGACACUCGCACGCCAUCAAAAAGGUCAACCGUACCGCGAGCGGUAAGGCCCUCGUCUCCCGCACGACUACAGACGAGUGCAUCGUUUGGACACAGCGCCCGGGCGACCAUGGCACGACGCUCCAUCGCCACAGCAGUGUCAAGGUUACCGAGCACAUCCACCGCACGGCACUUCUGCAAGAGGGCAAUUUCCUUGUCUUUCUGCACCACAAAGAAAUCUCUCUAUGGGAUACCCGAGGUCACGAUGCUGUCGAGGUCGCGCGAUGCCCAUACGAGUUGCAAGGGAAACCUUUAUGUCUUCUAGUCAUUCCCGAGGUUGAACACGGCGGCAAGCGCAUUCAUGUCGCGACGGUCAGCUCCGAGAUGAAAGGUAUCUGCUGGGAGGUCACGUUACCGGUAUUCGAAAAGAACCCCGCCACUGGAAGAGAGCUAUCUGCUCUAGCCCGAACUAAUGGCUAUACAAACGGCAAUUCUGUGAUUUCGAUCGAGCAAUUCUCCCUCUUCGACCUUGGAUCCGGAGAUGAUCUUGCGUUUGUGCUUCCUGUCGACCCUGCUGGAUCAGCACCCGUCAUCUCAGGUUUUCUCGAUACUUUUGCGCGGGACAUUGCCAUUUCAUACACCACCUCUGGGGUCAUCAAAUCAUGGACCGCUCGCGUCGAUUUGGAGAAGAGGGAUCUCCAGUGGCUGUUGACUUCAGAGGUUGACACUGGGGUAAGUACGCCUUCGCUUGCAAGUGGUAGUUCAAUACGAAAGGCCGCAUUGGUCGAUGCCGAACGGACUACGUUGACAAUCUGGAACACGCGGAGUGCACAACUUGAACACCAAGAGACGUUUGAAGGUAAUGGAAUCAUAUCUGAUUUGGAUUGGUCGUCCACUCCAGACAACCAGUCUAUUCUCGCUGUUGGCUUUCCGCACCGAGUUGUCGUCUACGCACAACUCCGCUAUGACUACCUGAACGCAGGCCCAUCUUGGGUGAAAAUACAUGACGUGCGCAUCCGAGAUAUCACGCCUCAUCCCAUUGGAGAUUCAGUGUGGCUGGGAAGUGGCAACCUUGUCAUUGGUGCCGGAAACCAGCUCUUCAUCCAAGACGAGCGUGUACAGAUAUCCGACAGUCUGUUUCCCAGUCUGCGAACAAUGUCGCGCAAGACCGCCUCCAUCAACAUCUUUGAUGCUGUCAGUCGUCUCAACGGCCCACUGCCGGUCUAUCAUCCUCAACUUCUGUCGCAAUGUGUCUUAGCUGGUAAACUUUUGCUGGUUCAACGCAUCCUGCUACGCCUCUAUGCGACGCUCAAGUUUUGGAUCGAAGGCGAGGAGCUGGACAGCUCACUGGGCUUCGUACCGGAGGAUUUUUCAGAGGAAGAGACUCAAAUGACUGCCCCCAAGAAAGACUUGCGCUCAUCAUACGUCGACUACUCAGAUGACAGCGAACCAGAAACCGUUACUGAAGAAGUUGCAUCCAAUCUAAAGGAGCUCCUCACAAAGAAGCAGAUACCCUUGCUGUCCAGUCGAGAACAGUUUCGCUUAGCUGAUAUAAUCGAAUGCAUUGGCAUGGUGGAGAGACAUCGCCGUUCGAUUGAUGACAAUGCUGGCCGCUUCCUGCUCUUCUUCCGACAACAUGUACUCAAUGAAGUACACAAAGGGCCCAUCUCAUGGCGCGAGAUUGUUUGGGCUUUCCACUCAGGAAGUCAGGAUAUUCUCGUUGAUCUUGUUAGUAGGCACUUUAGUGGAAGGAUGCUAUGGCUGCACGCAAAGGAAUGCGGUGUGUUUAUGUGGAUGUCGGAUAUCAACGCAUUGCGCGCUCAAUUCGAAGUCAUUGCUCGCAACGAGUACACCAAGACAGAGGAGAAGAGCCCCGUUGACUGCGCUUUGUACUACAUGGCUCUACGGAAGAAGCCUGUUCUUGUAGGGCUCUGGCGCAUGGCGACCUGGUCAAGAGAGCAAGCCGCUACACAUCGACUACUAUCCAACAACUUCAACGAAGAGCGCUGGAAGACUGCUGCACUAAAGAACGCGUAUGCACUCAUGGGCAGGAGGAGAUUCGAGUAUGCGGCAUCUUUCUUCCUUCUCGCGGAUCAUCUCAAGGAUGCUGUCAAUGUGCUACACAAUCAGUUAGGAGACACGCAGCUCGCCAUUGCAGUUGCGCGGGUCUACGGCGGCGACGACUCUCCUAUACUGAUUGAUUUUCUCGAGAACAAGGUCCUGCCCGAAGCUGCAAGAGAGGGCAAUCGUUGGCUCGCGAUCUGGGCUUACUGGCUACUCAAUCGCAAGGACAUGGCAGUGCGUGCGCUCGUCACGCCGCUUUCUCAUCUUGUGAAAACACCGGAGGAACCCAAUCCGAUUGCAAAGUCUUACUUGACCGACGAUCCUGCCCUGGUGGUUCUGUACAAGCAGCUUCGCGAGAAGAGCUUACAGACUCUCCGCGGUGCCACCAUGAUUGGUAUGCGUGAAGAGUGGGAAUUUGUCCUCCACACAGCCGGGCUAUACGAUCGAAUGGGCUGCGAUGUCCUCGCGCUCGAUCUAGUCAAAACAUGGGAAUUCCUCCUCCCGCCUCCACCAAAGUCCACCGCUACCCGCCCAUCACUCAGCCCAACUAUGCCGCGAGAAAGCUCAGACAUCCAUGGUCGCAAUACCAGUGCUACUGAUUUUGACUUUGAUCCGAGGAAGCUGCUGCGUAGACGCAGUUCGCUCGUCGUUGCUGACCUACCGUUACGAGAUCGUAAGCUCGGUGAGCUUGCGGAUGGGAAGGAGACGCUAGAAGAGGAAGGCGGUAGUGAUGGACAAGAAGAGGACGAUGAAGACGAAGAGCAGGAGGAAGAAAAUCCAAAGCAGGAACAGAAGAAGAAACCGCCGCCUACGCAGUUUAAUGAGCCGGACGCUAAUAGUUUGUUGGAUGCUUUUGGGUUCUAGCAUGAUUCCACUUGCUGAAGAUGACGGAAGUGGAGGAAGCAUGGGCGAUUGUAGUAUUAUUUUGCUUUAUCUGUGUUUCUAAACUGUUUCGCCUUGACGGGUUCUCAUGUUGUGGGCAUUGACUGAUGCUGACUGUUGUACUACGUAUAUGUCGAGUAGCGGUAACACG